AGUCGUCCACCCCGUGCAUCCGGAGGAUCUGAACCACGGCAUUACUGAAGCCACACAUGGGCUGAGCCGGCGUCCCCUUCAUAAACACCACUACUUUGUCCUUCUUCACCAUAUCACCAAGGUCCUUCUGGAGGUCCGCCGCCGAGCACAGGAACCGGGCCGAGGCCGACAACACGCGUCCGUCGGCUUGUCUGGGUAGAUAGGCCGCCGACCGCAGACACUUCGCGGUAGAUCUAAUUAUACUGUUCAUGGUCUUUGGUAAAUUAUAUCUUUAUAUGAGGAGAAGAAAUUGCGUCAAAUGGACUCGCCAGCUAAAACCCGUCAGUCAACGCACUUAACACUCGGGAAGAGAGGCAGGACCUGGACGUUGGUUGGACAGCUGCGCCCAAACAAUCUGUUACAAAAGCACUCAAGAACUUCCGGGGCGACUUGAGCACCGAGGAAAAAGACAGCGGCGAUUUGAAAGAUGGCGGCGCACACGCAGAAAAAUAACAAACCGGGGAAAUCUGGAGGAAAAGAGGCUCAACCUCUGAUUAUCGCUAAAACUCCGGCGGAGGAACAGCGUCUGAGGUUGGAGAGGUUGAUGCGGAACCCGGAUAAACCCGCUCCCAUCCCAGACCGACCGAAAGAGUGGAACCCGCGGGCCCCUCCGGAGUUCGUCCGAGACGUGAUGGGCUCCAGCGCCGGUGCAGGCAGCGGGGAGUUUCAUGUUUACCGGCACCUCCGACGCAGAGAGUACCAGAGGCAGGACUUUCUGGACAAGAUGGCAGAGAAGCAGGACGCGGACGUAGAAUAUCUGAAAAAGGUGGAACUAAACAUAAAGGCAGCCGAGGAGAGAACGGCGAAGCGCAGGAAGAAGCGGGAAAAGAUGAAGCAGAAAAAGCUGAUGGCAAAGAAGGCAAAGCAAGAGGCCAACGACAAGAAAGAAGGCGACGCCGACGAGAGCUCGGACAGCAGUGAAGAAGAGAAGGGAGAUGAAGAAAGAGAGGCUGACGAUGAUGCCGAGGCUCCCAGUUUCAUCAUGGGGAAGAAGUGACGCCCUUUGUCUCCUGCAGAGUGAUGAACAGACAGGGCGGGUACUGGUUUUUAAUGCUGCUUGGUAGUGACAUUGUGGGUGACUGACCAUGAAGGCAUGGGGGACAUGGACACCAGAAUCACACAUAACAGCCUCUGAAAAGGAAAAUCUCUGGAACCAGUUAAAAAACCCUCUUUAAGAGAAUGUGCUCCCUGUUUUAAUAUCAGAGAAACAUGGAUGGACUGCCUAGUUUAAUAGGCAGGACCCCCCCACCCUUCUGAUUUUGGGGUUUCUUGAGCUUGUCAAAAUGUAUUGUCAAGUUUUCAGAAUUUUGACUUUUCUGAUUGUUGAAUUGUUGGGAAUCCUCUACCUUUUUAAUGGUAUAUUUGAUUUUUAAAAAAAAAUAAAAAUGAGAAUAGAGAUGGA